CUGGACAAGCUUGAAGGACUUGUAGUCCAGCACUUGUUUGAGAUAGAAAAGUGCAAUCUGUGUGGCACUGGCUACAAGAUGUGCACAUCAAUUUCAAAAGUGCUUAAGCAGCGCAGCACCACAAUUCAAGGAGCUCUAAUGAGGUACAACAAGCUUGCUUGGGACCUGUCUUGGCCCAUGCUCUCAUUUCAAGAGGUUCUUGACUACUCAUUCCUCUCUGACUUUGCCCUCCUGCAAUACUCUCAGAAUGAUAUCCUCAAGCAGAAAUGGGCCAGUCCCAAGGUUUGCCAAGCCACUAUCAAGUGGCUACACAUGGAAUGCAUGAAACAAGAAAUCAAGUGGCUUGAUGUUGAGAUCCAACCUGUGUGGACCUCCAUUCACAUUGAACCUCCCUGCCUCAAGCACAAGGUCAAGGAAGCACAGGCUCAAGGUGACAAGCUGCUCACUUGCAAAAUGUAG